UCCGCCAACACGGACAUAUGAUAAGAGCAUGGAGUAGCUCCUUCUCCCUCCAACGCAGACAUAAGAUAAGAGCAUAAAAUAGUCGGUCAGCUUGGAAGAUCGGUAGAUGUCAUUGCUUAUUCGCAUGAACGAGUGCAGGGUUAGGAUCCUCGACGGACUUCUUAGAUUUCAGCACGAAGGUGGGGAUCAUCCGUUCACUGACUUCUUCUUAAAUGGCCAGAAAUAUGUUGGACUGCUGCGACAAGAUCAGAGAUGCUACCACACUGAUAAGGCUUUUCUACACUUUGCUUCUGCUCCUCCACCGAUCCCACUGCAAAACCUUAAAAUCAAUCUCCCCGAGCCUUCCCCUUCAUGAUGGCGAUGUCUUGCUCUCUGAGAACGAAGUCUUUGCGCUCGGAUUCUUCAGCCCAGGGAAUUCUACUCGCCGCUUCAUUGGGACUUGGUACAACAAGGUUAGUGAGCAGACAGUUUUCUGGGUGGCUAACAGAGACAGGUCAAUCAAUGACACCUCUGGGGUUCUCUCCAUCAACUCUCACGGAGACCUUCUCCUCCACUGUUGCAACAAUGGAAGCUCAGCCAUUUGGGCCACGAAUAUUUCGACCACAAUUUCAGACAAUGCCACCAUUGCUCAGCUACAAGACACAGGCAACUUCUUUCUGCUCCAAAAGUUAGGCAAUCGUGUCCUGUGGCAGAGCUUUGAUCAUCUAACAGAUACCCUUUUGCCUUUCAUGAAACUUGGGCUGGAUCGGAGAACCGGCAUGGACCGGGUCCUGACUUCUUGGAGGUCGAAGGAUGACCCAGGACUAGGGAAUUUCACUUUCAGGAUCGACCUGAUGGGUUACCCGCAACUGUUCCUAUACAAGAAUGGAGCCCCGCACUGGCGGGGAGGGCCAUGGACAGGGCUGCGUUGGAGUGGCGUGCCCAUGGUGACCAACAAAUACAUCUUCAACAUCAGCUUUGUGAAUGACCAGGAAGAGGUUUCACUUUCCUACAGGAUGAGGAACACGUCGAUCAUCUCAAGGUUGGUGACAAAUACCUCGGGGAUGAUCCAGCGGUUCAUUUGGCACGCUGGGGAUGGCCGAUGGAAUGAGCUGUAUGCUGUUCCCUCGGAGGAGUGCGAAUACUACAAUGGCUGUGGGCCUAACAGCAACUGCAACCCAUACAACAUGAACCAGUUUAGAUGUACUUGCCUCCCUGGGUUUGAGCCCAGGUCGCCGGCAGAUUGGUCCCUUAGGGAUGGCUCUGGUGGAUGCAUAAGGUCCCCUGGGGCCUCUACAUGUCGGAGCGGGGAAGGAUUUGUCAAGGUGGCCCUUGUGAAGGUACCGGACACUUCCCGGGCCUAUGUCAACAUGAGCUUGAGCCUCAAAAAGUGCGAGCAGGAGUGCCUGAAGAACUGUUCCUGCACAGCCUACACCAGCGUUGAUGAGAGAAAUGGAGGCAUCGGAUGUUUGGCAUGGUAUGACGAUCUGCUGGACAUAAGGACAUUUUCUGAUAUUGGACAGGACUUAUAUAUACGGGUUGAUGCGGCCGUUGUAGCACGUUUGAUGAAGAAGAAAGGAUCUUCUGGGAAGUGGUUAAUAGUUGUAACUGUAUCAGCUGGUGUGAUUCUGGUGUUGUUGAUCGUCCUGUUUAUCACGAAGAAAAGGCGCCGGAGAAGAGGCACCCUGAGUGCUGCACUGUUCGGGGAUGAUGAGUCUCAGAAUAUGCAGGACCUUGAAUAUGACAGCAGAACCUUGGAUUUUCCAUCCUUUGAUCUAAGCACCAUAGCCACUGCCACAAACAAUUUUUCUUUCAUCAAUAAGCUCGGUCAAGGUGGAUUCGGCUCUGUUUAUAAGGGAGUCCUAGAUAACGGAAGGGAACUAGCAAUUAAGAGAUUGUCCAGAUCUUCGGGACAAGGGAUCAAAGAGUUCAAGAAUGAGGUCACAUUGAUUGCUAAGCUGCAGCACAGGAAUCUUGUGAAGAUCCUGGGCUGCUGUGUCCAAGAAGACGAGAAAAUGUUGAUUUACGAAUACCUGCCAAAUAAAAGCUUGGACUUAUUUCUUUUUGAUGAAGAGAAGAGGUCUCUGCUCGACUGGAGAAAACGCUUUGAAAUUGCUAUGGGGAUAGCUCGAGGGAUCUUGUACUUGCACCAGGAUUCAAGGUUGAGAAUUAUCCAUCGAGAUCUGAAAGCAAGCAAUGUGUUGCUCGACUCCUCAAUGAACCCCAAAAUCUCUGAUUUUGGCAUGGCUAGGAUAUGCGGAGGAGACCAGAUCCAAGGAAAAACUAGACGAGUUGUAGGGACAUACGGUUACAUGGCACCGGAGUACGCAAUGCGGGGGCUGUUUUCAAUAAAAUCUGAUGUUUACAGUUUCGGGGUCAUACUACUCGAGAUCAUUUCUGGGAAAAGAAACAACGGCUUUUCUCAGGAGAAUCCAUCUUGUAGCCUAGUUGACUAUGUUUGGGAGUUGUGGAAAGAAGGAUUGUGUUUGGAUAUUGUCGAUCUGUUAAUGGGAGACAUGUAUUCCAAGCGCGAGGUCAUGAGAUGCAUCCAGGUCGGGUUGUUGUGCGUGCAAGAAUUCGCUAUGGACAGACCAACUAUGUCAGCCGUUGUGUUCAUGCUGGGGAAUGACACAAGGCUUCCCUAUCCGAAGCAGCCUGCUUUUGCUUUCAACAGGAUAAAAGGCAGAGCCAACCCUCCCUCUUCUGAUGAAAGGACCAACUCUGUAAACAACAUGUCCCUUACUAUUGUCGAAGCUCGUUGAGUGCGAUAUUCUACUAGGAUUGCACAUAUAUUAUCUCUUUCCUCUCUUCCACAUUAAUUAUAUAAAAUUUGUCACUGUAGAAGAUUAUUACCUACAUAAGUUCAUAACCACCAUAACUCUAAACUGUAAUGACUGACAGAGUAAAAGAAGAGUAGGUGAUAUAUCCUUAUAAUUGUUUGA